UUAUCGUGUAAUUUUCUGAAAAUAUGUGAUCCAUAAAGAUUAAAAAAAAAAACCGUGUAGUAAGGGUCUGGCAGCUUUAGUAUUAACUUGAAAUAAAAUAUGGUAAGUUUUCCAUGUCCUCCUUUAUUUCCACAAUCCAUAUGUACGAGCGAGAUCCCAGUCAGAACUUCAAAGAUACUUCACUCUUUGUUAGCAGCGGUUAUAAAUUACACCUUUGCUAAUUUGCGUUGUUCCCAACCAGGAGAAACAUUACCACAAAAAAAGUCAGUUUCAUCCUGCAGUGUUUCCGUAGCAACCAUAUUAAGCUGGAAGGAUAAAGCACCUUUGUAGCAGUAGCGUCUAUUGAAUUACAAUGUAAAUGUUGAUGCCUGCCUGGAAACGUCAAAUGACAACAGGUUUACAGAACGAAUUCAGUGGUUGUUUGCCGCUCUGGAAUCCCGGGCUGCAGAGUUGAGAUGGAAGAGGUGCACCUGGCUAUCUUAGUGUCCAUUCAACCAAAUCUCCUCACUUCAUCAAAACCACGCCAUUUCCCACCUGCCCAGCUCGUAAAAGGUUGCUCACCUGUUUAAAAUCUGUAAUAUAGCUGAUGUCUUUUAUACAGCAGGACACGAAAAGUGUUUGUUGUGAAUACGCAUGUUAAAAAUUCAAUUACGAAACAGAUCAAACUUUGUGCUUCUUUUCCCCUUUCAGCACAAAGUAAGUUUAGUCCCGUCCUCUUCUGCCACUGUCAAACAGCCCUGCUACUGUAGGCAUUAAAUGCCCUGUGACGUACUGCGCAUUUGAUUCUGGUUCACUUGGGACACCUGAGCUCGGCUCUCAUUAGUUUCUUCGCUCGACCCAUAAUCCCUAGUGUUGGCAGGUGUUGCAUUCCCCCAGCCCCUUUCUUCGCUUCGUCCAGUACCCCCACCUUCCCAUCCUGGCCUUGGAGAAGGAGGAAAACGCAGCUUGAGGUCUACUCGAAGAACUGGCCCUCAACUUCCACAGGCUGCCACCGAGCUGCCAGCAUGCCGCCGCUCCACUCAGGUAAACUUCGGAGUGAGUUACCUGCACUUGGAGAAGGGCCUUACCUGAGCGCGCCUCUGCCAAUGGCAGCUCACCUGAGGGAGCUCCGCAGCCAAUCACCAUGCAGCUCGUCCCUCGGGCUUGUACCCUUUAGUGAAAGAAUUCAGCUUCUUGCGAGAAAGUUACCUGUGGCCGCCCAAGUCCGCCACUUUCUGCUCUGUGUCCGCCCAUUGCCACGAUCCAGGAGGACUCUGCGCCGCCCGGCCGCCUCCGAGCUCGGGCCCCAUGUGAGGGGCCCCCCCUUAUCCCACCUUUCCGGCUAGGUGAGGGCGCGAGCGGGCGAGCGAGCGAGAGUGGUGAGGGGGGACGGAAAAGCAGAAUUACCUGUAGCUCUUGUUCUGCCAUCUCGGGCGCUUUCACACACCUUCACCUGCACAGACUUGAAAGUCCAGUUUCACCAGAGGCUGAGGCUCCAGGAAAAGGGGAGCAAGUUCAUUGGAUCAAACAUGUCACAAGAGUCGGACAAGUAAGUGGAUCACACGCGCCUGCUGCUGCUACUACCACUUUGGGCUGAUGGCAACUGUAAUAAAAGACUAGUGGCCUUGGUGCCCAUGCCCAGUGACCCUCCAUUCAAUACUCGAAGAGCCUAUACCAGUGAGGAUGAAGCCUGGAAGUCAUACUUGGAGAAUCCCCUGACGGCGGCCACCAAGGCCAUGAUGAGCAUUAAUGGUGAUGAGGACAGUGCUGCUGCCCUCGGCCUGCUCUAUGACUAUUACAAGGUUCCUCGAGACAAGAGGCUGCUGUCUGUAAGCAAAGCAAGUGACAGCCAAGAAGACCAGGAGAAAAGAAACUGCCUUGGCACGAGUGAAGCCCAGAGUAAUUUGAGUGGAGGAGAAAACCGAGUGCAAGUCCUAAAGACGGUUCCAGUGAACCUUUCUCUAAAUCAAGAUCACCUGGAGAAUUCCAAGCGGGAACAGUACAGCAUCAGCGUCCCCGAGAGCUCUGCCAUCAUCCCGGUGUCAGGAAUCACUGUGGUGAAAGCUGAAGAUUUCACACCAGUUUUCAUGACCCCACCUGUGCACUAUCCCCGGGGAGAUGGGGAAGAACAACGAGUGGUUAUCUUUGAACAGACUCAGUAUGACCUGCCCUCGCUGGCCACCCACAGCGCCUAUCUCAAGGAUGACCAGCGCAGCACCCCAGACAGCACGUACAGCGAGAGCUUCAAGGACGCAGCCACAGAGAAAUUUCGGAGUGCUUCAGUUGGGGCUGAGGAGUACAUGUAUGAUCAGACCUCAAGUGGCACAUUUCAGUACACCCUGGAAGCCACCAAAUCUCUCCGUCAGAAGCAGGGGGAGGGCCCCAUGACCUACCUCAACAAAGGACAGUUCUAUGCCAUAACACUCAGCGAGACUGGAGACAACAAAUGCUUCCGACACCCCAUCAGCAAAGUCAGGAGCGUGGUGAUGGUGGUCUUCAGUGAAGACAAGAACAGAGACGAACAGCUCAAAUACUGGAAAUACUGGCACUCUCGGCAGCACACAGCGAAGCAGAGGGUCCUUGACAUUGCUGAUUACAAGGAGAGCUUUAAUACAAUUGGAAACAUUGAAGAGAUUGCAUAUAAUGCUGUUUCCUUUACCUGGGAUGUGAAUGAAGAGGCGAAGAUUUUCAUCACCGUGAAUUGCUUGAGUACAGAUUUCUCCUCCCAAAAAGGGGUGAAAGGACUUCCUUUGAUGAUUCAGAUUGACACAUACAGCUAUAACAAUCGUAGCAAUAAACCUAUUCAUAGAGCUUAUUGCCAGAUCAAGGUCUUCUGUGACAAAGGAGCAGAAAGAAAAAUCCGAGACGAAGAGAGAAAGCAGAACAGGAAGAAAGGGAAAGGCCAGGCUUCCCAAACUCAGUGCAACAGCUCCUCUGAUGGGAAGUUGGCCGCCAUCCCUUUACAGAAGAAGAGUGACAUCACCUACUUCAAAACCAUGCCUGAUCUCCACUCCCAGCCAGUUCUCUUCAUACCUGAUGUUCACUUUGCAAACCUGCAGAGGACCGGACAGGUGUAUUACAACACGGAUGAUGAACGAGAAGGCAGCAGUGUUCUUGUUAAACGGAUGUUCAGGCCCAUGGAAGAGGAGUUUGGUCCAGUGCCUUCUAAGCAGAUGAAAGAAGAAGGGACGAAGCGAGUGCUCUUGUACGUGAGGAAGGAGACCGACGAUGUGUUCGAUGCGUUGAUGCUGAAGUCUCCCACGGUGAAGGGCCUGAUGGAAGCGAUAUCUGAGAAAUAUGGGCUGCCCGUGGAGAAGAUAGCAAAGCUUUACAAGAAAAGCAAAAAAGGCAUCCUGGUGAACAUGGAUGACAACAUCAUUGAGCACUACUCGAAUGAGGACACCUUCAUCCUCAACAUGGAGAGCAUGGUGGAGGGCUUCAAGGUCACGCUCAUGGAAAUCUAGCCCUGGGUUUGGCAUCUCACUUUGGCUGGAGCUCUCAGUGCGUUCCUCCCUGGGAGAGGCAGAGGACCCGGUCCCAGAACCAGGAGACCCAUCUCCCCAAUCUGUCAACUGCUGUUACAAGACUGAGCUGGGGAGUGGGGCAAGGACAGGCCUCACUGUCGGUGUGCUUGGUCCAUCCACCGGCACCUACCACGGAGCUGAAGCCUGAGCCCCUAGGAAGAUGCCUUCGGCCUGUCGGAUUCCUACUUAUUGCCCACCUUUUCCUGGAGCCAGGGUCCAGGCCCGCUAGGACGCUGCAGGUCACCGCUAGCUCCAGAUGAGACCGUCCAGCAUUCUCCCUUCAAGAGAAACUCAUCUCCAACAACCUAAAAAAUUUCCAUCCUUUCUUUCUCACCCCUCCACAUCUCCCAAGUGGCUGGACAAAAUGAACUACUUCUGGGUGCAGUAGUCAUCGGUGGGGUAAGAGGUGGAUGCCCCCUUUCUGGUCAAACACCUUCAGGUUGCUCUGGGGAAGGCUGUCUUGCUAAAUAUCUCCAGGGUUCCCAGCAAGUGGCUACCAGGCCUUGUACAGGAAGACAUUCAGCCACUGUGUAAUUAGUAAGUAACACAGAAAGUCUGCCUGCCUGCAUUGUACAUAGUGUUUAUAAUAUUGUAAUAAUAUAUUUUACCUGUGGUGUGUGGGCAUGUUUACUGCCACUGGCCUAGGAAAAACACAGACCUGGAGACUGUUUUAAAGGGGAUUUUUGCCUCUGUGCCUGUUCAGGAGACAUGCAGGGCUAGGGAGAGGGCCUUUGGGAUGUUAAGGCGACUGCAGCUGAUGCCAAGAUGGAUAUGCCGUGGCCAUACCUGGGGCUCGUUCCCUGUCCCCAGGGGAAGCCCCCUCUCCCUCUCCAUGGACAUGACUCUCCUUCAAGGCCACCACGUUUAUCUCACGAUGAUGUGUUUUGCUUGACUCUCUGACUCGUGGGAAAGGUCAUCCUGUCUGAGACCCCAGCUCCUCCUCCAGCUUUGGCUGCGGGCACGGCCUGAGCAUUCUGGAGAGCCUCUGCAGGGGGCCCUGUGAUUGGCCUGCUACAGAGCUGCUCAGCUAUCAUGAGAAUCCUGGACACUGUGCCUGUGCCUCGCAGUUUACAAGCACGUCCUUCAUCUCAAGUGGUCCUUUCAAAGGCCUGCUGCAGCAUGAGAGCUGCGAACAGCUCAGCUCUAAGUCGGCAGGCCGGGUCUUCCUCCUGGGCCACUAGACGGAAAGGAGAGAUGGUUUGCGUCACUCCUGGAUGCUGGGUUUAAGGAAGUAAGUGAGAGAAUGUACCAAGAGUGCUGGCUCCUGUGAAACCAGCCUCAGGAGGCAAACUAGGAGAGAGUAUUCUCCUGCUACACGCCUGGGAGCUGGAAGAGAAAAACACUCCCCUAAACAAUCACAAAAUGAUGCACCAUCACGGACCGCUGUUCUCUUUGAGGGGACAGGUUUAGUUUAGGGGUUUGCAUUUACCCUUGUGGGCUGAAGCACUAGCUUUUUGGUAGCUAGACACAUCUUGCACCCAAGGCCCUGGGUCUAGGACAGUUUCUCUAUAAAUGUCCAGAUUUGUUUGGAAAGCACUUUGACUCUUACCUGGAGGCGCCCUCUCUCAGGGCUUCCUGUGCUCCCGCCUCAUCUGCCCUGAGAUGCAGAGCAGGACAGAGGGGCUGCUUCUAGCUCAGCUGUUCCUCCUUGAGGCUGCAGAGGAAUUGAAUGGGACAGAUAGCAGGUGCUGUGCCCAAGAAGAUCUCUGCGGCAGUGAGGGGGCCGGCUCUGUGUGUCCUCUGGGCAUGUUAACACUUCCUGUGGUGCCAAAGGUUUGCAUCGUGGAUCCAGCUGUGCUCCAGUCUGUCCCCUUCUCCUCCACUCUGACUGCCACACCCCAGAUCAACAGCUCGGCGGGGGCCCUCCAGGGUACUAAUGGGGCUCUGUUCUGAGAUGGACAAAUUCAGUGUUGGAAAUACAUGUUGUACUAUGCACUUCCCAUGCUCCUUGGGUUAGGAAUAGUUUGAAACAUGAUUGGCAGACAUAACAACGGCAAAUACUCGGGCUGGGACAUAGGACUUCGGAGUAGGAAAAAGACAACGAUUUGGUAGUCUGCCACAAGCAACCUACCCUCUCUCUCUAGCCUCUUUAGGAAACAGUUUGCCAGCCCUGCCCUAAGGCAGAAGAUGAAUUGAAGAUGCUUCUGCAUGUUUCCUAAGUCCCUAAGCAAUCAUGGUGGUGACAAUUGCCACAACAAGGGAUACAAGGCCAGUGUCACCAGACAGUGGUGCCAAGUGCCACCUCCCUUCCGAUCCGUUCCCUCUGAAUCCUCAGAUCAUCCCAGCUUGGCUUUGAUGUGUCCUUCGCUGUGUACGUUAGCAGAGCUUUGAUGAGAAAAAUUUCCUGAGCAAAACACUCCAAAGAGAUAGGAACACUUGCCUCCUCUUCUUUUUUGUCCCUUAAAUUAGUCACACUCAAAUAAAUAAGCUUAAAAAAAUCCAUGGAAAAUCAUGGACAUGUGAAAUGAGCAUUUUUCUUUUUUUAAAGUCUGAACAGAACAGGAGUUUUUUCUCAUACAUCUCCAAAUUGUUUAGACUUUAUGAGUGUUUAAAAGUUGGGAUCAACAGAAAAUGCAGUUAGAUGUCAUCUUGGAAUUGGUUUCUAAAAAAGUAAGGCAUGUUGUGGCCCAGAAACUUAGGAAGCGUGAAAUAACUCAAACGUUUAUUUUCCUUCUUAUUUAAAAUCAUGAAAAUGCAACAGAAAUAGAGGGUUUGUGCCAAAUGCUAUGAAUGGCCCUUUCUUAAAGAUAAGCAAGGGAGAUUGAUAUAUGUACAGUUUGCUCUCAUGUUAAAAAAAAAAAAAAAGAAAAAAAAAGAUAAAUGUAACUUAAUAGUUUUGUAAAUGGGAGAGGGGGAAUCUAUAAACUAUAAAUACAGUUAUUUUAUUUUUUGUACAUUUUUAAGAAGAAAAAAAUAAAUAUAACAGAGUAAAA